AAACGAUUCCUUAGAUAAAAUCACCACUUCUAAUGUAAUUACACAACAAUGGAAUUGUUUCAAAAUUCAAACGGAGCAAGAAGAUCUCGACUGCCUCAUGAAAAUCCUAAAAGGUAUAGAAAAUGAAAUCAUGGAUAAAGAACGUAAACAGCAUAUUAGAUCAUUACAAAAUAUUAAUCAGCCGAAUAAUUCUGAUUAUAAUGGGAAUGAACUGUUAUCAUUAAAAGAUAUGGGGUUCUUACGAGGAAAAUUCGAAGAAAAAACAAAUUACAAGGAUUUAGCCUUAAAUAAUAUAGCACUAUUGAAAAAUAAAAUUAAGAAAAAAGAUACAUCUCUGCAUGAACAUAUUUUUACAAAAUUAAGCAAUAUAGAUGUCGAUAAAUUGUCAAAUGAUGAUCCAUUAUAUAUUGGAGUAAUUGAUCUUGGUUCAAACAAAUAUAGUAUUGCGGAAAGUGAUUAUGAAACUCUUGUUAGGAAUGACAUUCAAAAUUUGCGAAAAUUUGUAUUGCCUUCGAGAGAUGUAGUAAUGCAUGAUCAAUGGGUUGAAGACAAUUAUAUCAAAGAACGUAUAGCAAGUGGAAUUAUCGAUAUUCUUUUGCAAGAAAUUAAGUUGAAU